AUGUUUCCAUUCCAUUGUUGUUGGUGGUCGUGCGUGGUGUCAUCCUCUUCUGAAAUUUCACAUCCAACAACAAAAUGGCUCAUUCCUCCAUGCAUCACAGAAAGAUGCAAGCCAUCGGUGGAUGCUAGCCAAACAUUGCUGUUCCUAUUGCUUCUUCUUUUUAUCAUGUUAUUGGGUUCCAGUUCAAUCGUUGGUCUUGAAUUGCAAUUUCAGAAACAGACAACACUUUCCACCACAACCACGAUCCAUCAUUCUCAACACCACCAUGUUGAAAAGCAAUCAUCAUAUCAAACACAGUUCAACUUUUCCAUUCCAGUCCACUCUCCUCCGGCCAAUCUUUUCACUCUUGUAACAUUCCCGAAUCUUUCAGAAAAGACAAAAUUUGAUCUAGUUCUGGAAAAGACACCAUACGGAACAGACUCACUUACACUCGAAGAGAAAGUGUUCAAUAAUGCACAGUUUGCCUUUGCAGGUCAAGAUAAUCGAGGUUGCCAUCAAUCGAGUGGAAAUUAUUCCAUUUGGAGAACAGAAACAAUUGAUUCUCAUCAAACCAUUGAAUUCUUAAUGAAAACAAUGCCUAAUCAAUUAACAGGCAAAGUAUUCAGUUAUGGAGCGAGUGCAGAUGCCAUCAGUUCCUAUUUUCUGCCUCGUGUGAAAUCUCCAUAUUUGGCGGGACAAUGUUUGGUCGUAGGAACAGCCAAUGUUCAUAAAUUUAUCUAUCAAAAUGGUGCUUUUCGUCAACAGGACCUUUCGGUGUGGUUAGAGCGAUUAGCGCAUCAACCACAAAGUUUGCCCAUUAUUAUUGAGCAUGAAGGGAUGAGUGAAUUUUGGGAGAGUAAUACUUUACGAAGCGGAGAGAAUGUCACGUUUCCAUCACUUCACAUAGCUGGAUGGAAUGAUUUGUUUUUAGAUGGAACAUUGAAUGCAUUUAAAAUGUACAGACAAUAUCGACCUCAUGACACCUAUCUCAUCAUUGUUCCCACUGGUCAUUGUCAAAAAUCAGAAAUUUCCUAUCCAGAACAAGAACUCUUGCUACAUCCAGAACUCUUGUGUCCCUAUCUCUUCAAAUAUUCCUCACUUCCCUUCAUUGAUAAGAUCACUCUCUACAUGAUGGGUCCCAAUAGUGAACCCUCUUCGUAUGCAAACGGAAAUUACUAUGUCACUCUUCCCGAUUUCCCAGAGACUGAACCCUUACGAUUGUAUUUGACCUCCUCUCGAACUCUUUCUCCACAUCCAUUCACUUCAUCACCUCUGACCAAUCUCACCUUUGUGUACGAUCCAAGAAAUCCCACUCCAACCAUUGGUGGUAAUAAUCUUUUCGUUCCAACCUGUGGUCCCUACGAUCAGAGAACGAAUGAGAAUCGUCCCGAUAAUAUCAUUUUCACUUCGGAACCCUUCACACGAGAAACCAUGUUGGUCGGGAGUAUGAAACUUUCAUUAAGGGUCUCUUCGAAUUGUACCGAUACGGAUUUUGUGGUUCGCCUCUCGGAUGUGUAUCCAGAACCUGAUGGAAGAUCCAUGUUGUUGAGUGAUUCCAUACAGAGAAUGCGAUGGAGACAUGGAGGUUCGGAGAAGCACUUGAUGACUCCAAAUGAAAUCUACGAGUUGGAAAUUGAGUUGUGGCCCACCGCUUACAUCUUUCAUGAGAGACAUCGAAUUCGAGUGGCCAUUACGAGUUCAAAUUAUCCUCGUUUUUCAGUGAAUCCCAAUAAUGGUUUGGAUUUGAAACAUGAUCCUAACAUUAAAAGCAGCAGCAUGAUACAAAAUGAUGAUGGAAAGGAAAUCAAGGAAUGGCCUCUCAUCACUGCUUUGAAUACCUUGCAUUUGGAUGGUCAAACCUCCUUCUUGACUCUUCCUCGAGUGAAAGACAUGAAUUUGAUCAAGCAAGCUCGUCAUCGAUUUGAGAACAUUCACAAACCCAAGCUUUUACAAGCCUUGUUGUUGAACCACAACCUCAGUCGUAGUGGUAGUAGCAGUAAUAGUAGUGGCAGUACCAGUGAUCACCCCUAA